AUGGGUGACAUUAUACCAAUUUAUUCAUACUGUAGUCCUAUUUAUAGGGGGAUCAAGGCGGCACUUUGUUGCUCACGCUGUGAUAAAUGUAACACCAUCAAACGAAGCGGCAGCUGUGGCAAGAUUUUUACCUGCAUCAGCCCGCUGAACACCUUAGACCCAGGAGACUUCAAAGAUUUCGGCAAUGCUGCAUUCUAUGAACAGUUCUGUCAGAAAAGCCAGACGUUCAGUAGCUGCUUCAGGGACGCCAGAGACGAGUGCGACAAUCAAGGAGUACUCAACGGCUACGAGAGCCAGGUCGGUGUGGCUGAAUUUCUGUGCACUGAUGAAAGCAGAGAUGACGUUUCUUUCCUGAUCAACUCGGAAUGUGCCAAUAGUGAGCUAAAAAUAGUUGAGUUCACUCAGAGUUUUGAAGGCUGUGCCCUCAGUUUCGGCAAUGAGAUGCAACUCGCCUUUAUUUCUGCCAUGACCUCUGGUCAAGACCCAUCGACCGUCAAUUUUUGCCCAUUGGUGGAUCAGUUUUCCGGUUGCCUGGUCAACAAAGCCACAGAACAAUGCGGAAGUCGGGCCGGCGGUUUCGUUAGCCGCCUGUGGAAUGUGGCGGCUGCACCACAGUUUGGCGAGUUGGGCUGUGGCGUUCAGGCGAGGAAUGCUCGUCGCAACAUUGAUACCAUCGUUCCUUUACUGGCUAAGGCAGCCAAACUUAGACGUUGAACAUCUGACCUGUCACUGUUCUAGUUUCUAGUUUACCAUUGUUUUUAAACUGCACUUUAAAAAAUGUACCUGUCAUUUCAUUAAAAUUUCUAAUAAUGCAAUAAAGAA